GCUACGCCGAGGCGCCAGCGCGCUACGGCUACGGCCGGCAGAAGAACAAGAAGGGCCUCAUGGGCCUGAGCAACCUCGGCAACACGUGCUUCAUGAACUCCGCGCUGCAGUGCCUGACCCACACGCACGGGCUGCAGAAGUACUUCCGCACCUGCAGCCACGCGUACACCUCCAA